UCUUUUGUAGUGCAGGGUUCGACACUAAGGCACGUCCGACAGACAUUGUCUAGUGAGAUCGGUGGUCGGGCUAGUAAAACUGAGGGCUAGCUUGUCCGAACGGAAGUACAUAAAAAAUCAAUACCGAUUCAUAUAACUAUAACUAACUGCUGUGAAAACCUUUUUUCUUAAUGUGAAAAAUUACUCUCGUAUCCGUUAUUUACAUCAGAACAAAACUGGCUUAUAUAAAUAAACGCGGAUCAUUCACAUGAUUCAUGGCUAUUUUUAGACGCGAAGGAGAGCUUCUCGCAGAAAUUACUUGAUUCCAUUGGUCAAGUUGUCAUGAAUAUUAAUGAUUUUCUGCAGUGUCGUAAAACUUCUAUCGAAAAUCGGUAUCGUCAAUGUAAACAUUUUGGCGUAGCAGACGAGAGAAUGUAAUUUAAAGAAUGGCUUUGUUCACGUUUGGAUUUUCGACCGACAAAUCAGUAAAUAAAGAAGAAUCCGAAUGAAAAACUGACAGGAAAUGUAAAUAUGAAGAAAAACGAAAACGUCAAUUUUAUCCUAAAUGGAAAAUCAAGGUCCCAUGGCUUGAAUUUGAUGAAGAAAAGCAAGCAAUGUUUUGCAUCCCAGGCAAAGCAUACAAAAAGGACGGUUCUGCUAGACUAUACGUGGAAAGAUGGAAAACCGAGUGGAGUUUCCUGAUGCAGAACUGGCCAAGUCCCCUACCCUCGGCACAGUGUUCCGUAUCCCCAGUCAGGUAGGGGACACAUCUGGUGAUGAAGAUGACCACGUUAUUGACAAAGACGAUGCAAGGUCAAGGUUGCAUGUGAGGCCGCAGUCUGCUAAAGGGCCUAACCUUGACCUUCCAUCCAGAGUUCUUCCAUCCAAACCUCAGGGUAUUCGCCCGUGGUCUGCACAGCCAAAGUCUUCAAAAACACCCAUGUCUGGUCAGCGGAAAGUAUUCAGACAUACACUACGAAAACCACACCUUCAACCCCCUUCCAGGUCUUCAACUGCCAGCAUAUCAUCUGAAGCCAGUUCUCUGAUCACAGCUGUAGGACUGGAAAACAAUGUCAACAAGUCCGGUGAUACAGGCGCCCCAGAGAUCCAGUCUCGACAUGUAAGAUGUUCACACGUACAUUCACAGGAUAAGCACAACAAAUGGGUAGCAACAAUCUCAGAAUUGCCCUCUGAAGAACAAGGUGAAGACACACCAAAAAAACCUCCACCUGAGGAGCGACCAAUGAAAAAGCAUCCCUCGUUUGAAACGUGGAUUGAAGGGUCACCGCACGACUCGGAGGAAUAUGACACCGAUCUCGACAUUGAAGACUUUGUUAAAAAGAACUGUUUGAAAAUAAAAGUUAAACAACGCAAAUCAAAAGAGGAGGUCAAAGAGGAGCGACCCCUUGACCCCACAGGGACAGUCAUGUACAUGGACCAGUGUGAAACACAAGGGCUGGUUCCCGUUUCCUACCUGAGGCGCCACCUAGGGGACAGGAACCUGAGAAUGAGGCACCACUAUGUGGGGGGAAGCGGAACUAAACCGAUAGCAGUCGCCUUACUGAAGAACACAGUGACUGAAGCACUAGACAUCAGCGACAACUAUCUGGAGGCUGAAGGGGCACGGUAUAUCGCUGGCAUGAUGCGAGACAACGCCUUCAUCACUAACCUGAACAUCUCCAACAACUUUAUCGGCAAGGAUGGGUUCACCUGUAUCUGUCGAAUGCUGGAGUCGAACACAACACUGAAGACCCUGUGUGUAGCAGGGAACCAGCUCAGCGAUCUCAGCGCCCAGGGGCUGGUGGAGGGGCUGAAGAACAACACCUCGCUUACCUCCCUUGACCUGAGUGGCAACAACUUUGGCGAGAUCGGGGGACUCUAUAUAGGGGCUGCUUUGGGACUGAAUGAUGGAUUACUAGACCUGGAUCUCAGCUGGAACUCUAUACGUAACCGUGGCGCCAGCGCCGUAUUAGCGGCUUUGACGAAAAACCGGAUGUUGGAGUCAUUAGAUCUCUCUUGGAAUGGCCUGGGCGCCCCUGGGGCAGAGGCCCUUAAACAGGGGCUGAAGGUGAACUCCAAGUUGAAAGUCUUGGAUCUCACCAACAAUCGCUUGACAACCAAGGCAGCAGAUGCCAUUGCUUGGGGACUGUCCAGGAAUGCAGGCCUGGAGACGCUGGUGCUGAACUUGAAUCCACUGAAGGAUGCCAGCGUGGAAACCAUUCUGAAAGCAGCAGAGAAGAGCAAGAGUUUGAAUUUGCUGUCCAUUGAGGAGGUGGGUAUUUCCCCGGCUAAUUAUGCCAAGGUCAAGGAACUCCAGGCAUCCCGGGAGAUGACCAUUCUGCAUGGAGGGGUGGGAGGAUAUACCCGGACCAGCUCUGCCACCAGCAUGCUGCAACUGUUUGGAAAGUUUGUAGCCUCCCAUUCCCAGCAGCUGUUGACCGCGUGUCAGCAGUUCGACCCCGAACGCAAGGGCUGGGUGCCUCUCGAUGACCUCAAAUGGUGCCUCAAAGAAUCAGGGCUCCGUCUGACAAAUAGGCAACUGAACACUGUGAUAGAUGAACUCAACACUUCAAAUGGCCACGUGAUGAAUUACAAAGACAUUGUGAGCGGUGAAACUAUGAAAAACCAUUUCAAAAAGCGACCAUCGAGGGCAGUGGCCAUCAGGAAUGCACAGAUCACCAUUAACACUGUCCCCGACUUGCUACGCCGCCAACUUACUGUCAGCUAAUCAAUGCCAACUUACUGUCAUUGGUUUAAAUUUGAAAUUGGAGUGUAAAACUUCUGGUCAUGAUUGGUGUUGGUAAUUGGCGAUAUAUAAAUAUAUUGUCAGUUACAGUUGUUUAUCAGCUUUAAGUGUUUUUUUACCAUUAAUUAUUUAGUCACAUAUUUAUUUACAUAAAUAUAAAUGUAUUUUAUAUUGAUUUAAGGAAAUGUAUUUACAUAGAUUUGAUUAUAUUUACUGGUUAUAAUUUAUACAAUAAUAUUUGUUUUAUGAUUAAAAGAAGUCGUUGUGCAUGCAGUGGCUAAGUCACUUAAUUAUGCAAGUUUUAUGUAAAGUAUCCUUUCAUAGACAGUUUUAUGAACAAAGAUGAUCUUAGUGAAAAUAUAUAGAUGAUAUUUGUGGAUAUUUGUAUAUCAAUUUUAAUUCACAAGUGAUCAUAGAAAAUAUUUUUUUUCUAUGAUCAUGAGUGAAUUAAAAUGGAGAUUCCAACAAAUCGAACAUUUUUUGUUAUGCUUAGAAAUUAUUAUUUUUAGCUCACCUGAGCACAACGUGCUCAUGGUGAGCUUUUGUGAUCGCCUUUUGUCCGUCGCCUGUUGUCCGUUGUGCGGCGUCAACAUUUGCCUUGUUAACUCUCUUGUGGCCACAUUUAUUUUCCAAUCUUCAUGAAAUUUGGUCAGAAGAUUGGUCAUAAUGAUAUCUUGGAUGAGUUCGAAAAUAGUAACGUUUUCUUGAAAAACAUGGCUGCCAAGGGGCGGGGCAUUUUUCCUUAUAUGGCUAUAUAUGGCUAUAGUAAAAUCUUGUAAACACUCUAGAGGCCACAUUUAUUGUCCUAACUAUAUGAAACUUGUUUAGAAGAUUCAUCCCAAUAAUAUCUUUGACAAGUUCGAAAAUGAUGCCCGUAGGUUGAAAAACAUGGCCGCCAGGGGGCGGGGCAUUUUUCCUUAUAUGGCUUUAGUAAAAGCUUGUUAACACUCUAGAGGUCACAUUUAUUGUCCAAUCUUCAUGAAAUUUGGUCAGAAGAUUGGUCUCAAUGAUAUCUUGGAUGAAUUCGAAAAUAAUUAUGUUUGCUUGAAAAACAUGGCUUCCAAGGGACGGGGAACUUUUCCUUAUAUGGCUAUAGUAAAAUUGUGUUAACAUACUAGAGGCCACAUUUACUGUCCUAUCUUCAUAAAACUUGGUCAAAAGAUUCAUCCCGAUAAUAUCUUGGACAACUUCAAAAAUGAUGCCGGUUGGUUGAAAAACAUGGCUGCCAGGGGGCGGGGCAUUUUUCCUUAUAUGGCUAUAGUAAAACCUUGUUAACACAAGAGGCCACAUUUAUUUUCCGAUCUUCGUGAAACUUGGUCAGAAGAUUUGUCCCAAUAAUAUCUUGUUAUCUCCGGUGAGCGACGUUGGGCUCUCUUGUUUUAUUUUUGUUGAAAUAAUGAUUAUAACGUCACGAAAAACAUGUCAUUUAACAAAAUAAAUAAAUAUAAUAAAUUUUGUUAAUUUUCAAUGUUUGAAACAAUCAUUUUUAAUUCACUGAUAUUUAUCUAUGAACCACCAAAAAGCAUAAAAUAAAAUGAUGCCUCUGGCAAAUGAAAAUUAUAUCUCCGUAAUUUGUAUUAUUUUGACUUUUUCUUAACUUGAUUUUUGCGAAGAUAAGACUUUCUUGAAAAGAAAAAAAUAUCAUAAAAGAAUAAAGUGUUGUCCCUGAUGAUGACAUUUUACGCAGAUGCAUUAAACCCCUUUUCACAGAUUACAGCCAUAUUAUUGUAUGGGAAAGAGGAGUAUUAUUGUGCAGUAUGGACUUGAACUUUGAAUCCCUGACUUGGGAAGUUUUCAAAUCAUGCACUCACCACGCUUAUUUGUUUGUGACGCUUAGCUUGGACUUCAAUGACUUCCAAUUUCAAGGACUGCUCUCUAUUGCAAGUAGUUGUGUUACAUUUUCUGUUAUGAAAAUGCCUAUUUCUUGAAAAAGAUUUGUUUGUUUACUUAGACAUAAUUAAGUUGAUUAUGUUUUAUUUUGUUAAGUAGGAAAAUAAUUAACAAUUUGUGCUUUUGUAAUAGUUACAAAUAUAACUAACAGUUUGUUUGUGAUUUGGUAACAUUUGUUCCUUAUAAUAUGCACGUUGAGAAUAUUCAUUUAUGAUAAAUAUAAAAAAUGACUAAGAGAAGAUAAGUGUGAUUUUAUUAAACAUUGAUAAUACUGACUCUUCAAAGACUAUAUAAACUUGAAUUUAUAAUUGGGAAACAACAUUUUAACUUCUUUUAUUCAUCUUAAUAAUUGAAUUUAGGUAAAUAAAAAAGUAUCAGUUAAUAUCUUCCAAUUAUUGAUUUUUUAUCUUAAAAGUUUGCCAUGAGAGAAAGUCUUCUUUUUGGAUUCUUUAAACUAGACUACCAGAAGUUUUAUUUAAAGGAUUAAACUUUCAUUUGUUUUCUUUAAAAUAAUUUUUUCUGUUGUCACUUCUUUCUUAUGUUACUAGUUUAGUAAGAGCUAUUUCUUCAAUUUCUAUGUAGAACGAUGUAAUCUCCUGAAAGAUACAUCCGACUAAAUUAAAUGUUGAAAGCUGUUAGAUAUUGACUUACUAUUAAGAUAACCAUGUUUUAAUGCUUGUGCCAAUGAUACCAUAUAGCCAUGUUAAAUGAAAAUGAGUCGUAUGCCAUUUGCAGCCAGUGUAGGCCAUGCCAGCCUCUGUAUCAGCAUAGUCUAAGCAGGAGCUUCCUUGUCCGCUAAAAAUCAUGCAAAGUUUCAUGGUCUCAUUAAUGGAUAGGGUAGCUCCUGACCAGUUUCAUGGUCUCAUUAAUGAAUAGGGUAGCUCCUGACCAGUUUCAUGGUCUCAUUAAUGGAUAGCGUAGCUCCUGACCAGUUUCAUGGUCUCAUUAAUGGAUAGGGUAGCUCCUGACCGGUUUCAUGGUCUCAUUAAUGGAUAGGAUAGCUCCUGACCGGUUUCAUGGUCUCAUUAAUGGAUAGGGUAGCUCCUGACCAGUUUCAUGGUCUCAUUAAUGGAUAGGGUAGCUCCUGACCAGUUUCAUGGUCUCAUUAAUGGAUAGGGUAGCUCCUGACCGGUUUCAUGGUCUCAUUAAUGGAUAGGGUAGCUCCUGACCAGUUUCAUGGUCUCAUUAAUGGAUAGGGUAGCUCCUGACCAGUUUCAUGGUCGCAUUAAUGGAUAGGGUAGCUCCUGACCAGUUUCAUGGUCUCAUUAAUGGAUAGGGUAGCUCCUGACCAGUUUCAUGGUCUCAUUAAUGGAUAGGGUAGCUCCUGACCAGUUUCAUGGUCUCAUUAAUGGAUAGGGUAGCUCCUGACCAGUUUUAUGGUCUCAUUAAUGGAUAGGGUAGCUCCUGACCAGUUUCAUGGUCUCAUUAAUGGAUAGGGUAGCUCCUGACCAGUUUCAUGGUCUCAUUAAUGGAUAGGGUAGCUCCUGACCAGUUUCAUGGUCUCAUUAAUGAAUAGGGUAGCUCCUGACCAGUUUCAUGGUCUCAUUAAUGGAUAGGGUAGCUCCUGACCAGUUUCAUGGUCUCAUUAAUGGAUAGGGUAGCUCCUGACCGGUUUCAUGGUCUCAUUAAUGGAUAGGGUAGCUCCUGACCAGUUUCAUGGUCUCAUUAAUGGAUAGGGUAGCUCCUGACCAGUUUCAUGGUCUCAUUAAUGGAUAGGGUAGCUCCUGACAAGUUUCAUGGUCUCAUUAAUGGAUAGGGUAGCUCCUGACCAGUUUCAUGGUCUCAUUAAUGGAUAGCGUAGCUCCUGACCAGUUUCAUGGUCUCAUUAAUGGAUAGGGUAGCUCCUGACCGGUUUCAUGGUCUCAUUAAUGGAUAGGGUAGCUCCUGACCAGUUUCAUGGUCUCAUUAAUGGAUAGGGUAGCUCCUGACCAGUUUCAUGGUCUCAUUAAUGGAUAGGGUAGCUCCUGACCAGUUUCAUGGUCUCAUUAAUGGAUAGGGUAGCUCCUGACCAGUUUCAUGGUCUCAUUAAUGGAUAGAGUAGCUCCUGACCAGUUUCAUGGUCUCAUUAAUGGAUAGAGUAGCUCCUGACCAGACUGCACAAAUGAGCAGGCAGGUAUUGGGCUAUGCAAGCUAAAAACAUGGCAUAAAACCCAUUUUUGCAUAACGCAUUUCAAUAAGUCCAUUUGAGCUGUAGUAAUUGAUAGAAUGUUCUUGUUAAUUGUUUAUGUUGUGUUAUGUAUUUAAUGAUUAAACCCCAGUGAGUUAUUUGAAAGCUUCAAUGAGUAUCAUUUCGUUUGAGGUUAAUUUACAUUUGUGCCAACUUAAUAAGAUAGCAGGGGGAGAAUAUUUUUGUUUCAGAGUUGUUAAAUGUUUUGGAGAUUUGUAUGCAUAGUGUUGAAAUAUGUAUACGAAUAUGCACAUCAAAACAAUACAUGGCUAUUAAUGAAAAGAUCAACAUCAAUGAGACAACCAAUAAGAUGAUGGCUUAUAUUCUACUAUUACAAAACUAUUGGCUUGGUUGUUUUACAGAACACCAUAGAACAACAAAACCUUUCCGUAUAUGUCUAUUUAGCUUUUUACAUGUCAUGUUUGAUGGAGAGUCUUCAACAGUAUGCCUGUGAUGUGUGUGCUGCCAGGUUUAACCAUUUCCCGCUCAGAGGCAAUGUGAAAAUGGCAAUGUGCAAAAGCAUAAAACCAGAACACCCUGCGAGUAACUCGCAAUCUGUUCAGGUUUUAUGCUGUUUGCUGCUUAUCAGUAUCUAAGGUUUGGAAAUGAAGCCUUUAAAACUUCAAUCUAGUAAAAAAAAAUUUUUUAAUAAAAUGUAACUUUCUUAGGGACUAAAAGGUAUGUCAAAAUACGUAUCUAAUUGGUAAAAGGUUAAACAAUGGUCCACAGAAAGUCUCGCUGGCAUGUUUGUAUAAUUGGACUUAAGUCUAGUCUAUAAAAUAACAACUUCUAACCUCUUUUAGUCAUUAUAUUUGUUGAAUAUCAUAUUUGUUUGAUUUCUUAAUUCAUAUUGUACCAUACUAGUAUUAAAGAAUCAUUGAUUGAGAUUAUAUACACAAGAAAGAGUAAUAAAAGUAUUCAUUGAA